UCUUUGAACUUGUUAGUUAGUUAGUUAGUAGUUUAUGUGAUUCCGCUCGCAUCAGCUGUUCAAUCGUUCCGCAUUGAUUAAUUUUUAAUUUUUUUCGUCUGUUUUCCUGUAAAUUAUUAUUAAUAUAUUUUAUACACUUUAUUCCGUAAUUGUUUGUCCGCGGAGACGCAUGUGAAAAUGAGUAUUAUGACGAUUCCGUGAAAUCCAGUGCCUGCAAUGUUGAUGUAGAAAUCAAGAAAUCCGAGUUUCUUUCGAAAUUCUCUUCGUGGUUGUGAAUUAUCGCGACAGCCGGAAAGUUGGUGUGUUCGACGCGGAAAAAAAUGCUGCUCGUCCGGCAGUCCAUCAUCAUUGGCAGGUGCGCCGAUUUACAGCGCGAUUGAGUCGCUAGGCGAUGGAGAAGCAGCCCGUGGAGCGGGCGGUGGCCUUCGCACUGGGGGAGAGCGAGGGGGCCGAGGGGGCCGAGGGGGCGGCGCAGGAGGUGCCGGGCGACACCUGCCCCCCGCUGGGCGGCCCGCGCAACGGCCCCGCCCCCCUGCUGGAGGGGGGCCGGCCCCCGACCCUCCGGAGUGUCUCCUUCGACGUGGACGGGAUCCCUCCGGGCGCCCCCGGGCCCCACGUCCCCGAGAGCGCCUCCGUCAGCAGUCUGGCCGAGUUGAGCAGCGCCGGCGACGCCAAGCCGCGUUUUGGUAAGCGUCGCAAUCUGUCCGGCGUCCUGGCCACUAAAUCCAAGGAUCUGAAGGACUUCACCGUCGCCACGCCGGAGGAAUUCGUCUUCCGGUUCGGCGGGACGCAGGUGAUCAACAAGAUCCUGAUCGCCAACAACGGGAUCGCGGCGGUGAAGUGCAUCCGCUCCAUCCGGCGCUGGAGCUACGAGAUGUUCAACAACGACCGGGCCAUCAAGUUCGUCGUCAUGGUCACGCCGGAGGAUCUGAACGCCAACGCCGAAUACGUCAAGAUGGCCGACCAGUACAUUCCCGUUCCGGGCGGCUCCAACAACAACAACUACGCCAACGUGGACCUCAUCGUGGACAUCGCGCGGCGCCUGAACGUGCAGGCGGUGUGGGCCGGCUGGGGGCACGCCUCCGAGAACCCCAAACUGCCCGAGUCGCUGCGGCGGCACGGCAUCCAGUUCCUGGGACCGCCCGAGACGGCCAUGUGGGCGCUGGGCGACAAGAUCGCCUCCUCCAUCGUGGCGCAGACGGCGCACGUGCCCACCCUCGGCUGGAGCGGCAGCGGCCUGGUGCUGACGCCCGGGGAGGACGGCCAGACGGAGGACGGGGUCACGCAGGUCAUCACCACCGUCCCGGAUGUCAUCUACAAACAAGCCUGUGUGGAGUCGCCGGAGCAGGGCCUGGCGACGGCGGAGGAGAUCGGUUUCCCGGUGAUGAUCAAAGCGUCGGAGGGGGGCGGCGGGAAGGGCAUCCGCAAGUCGGAGGGGGCCGACGAUUUCGCGGCCUUGUUCCGGCAAGUGCAGGCCGAAGUGCCCGGGUCGCCCAUCUUCAUCAUGAAGUACGCGCACUCGGCGCGCCACCUGGAGGUGCAGAUCCUGGCGGACCAGUACGGGAACGCCGUGUCGCUGUUCGGGCGCGACUGCUCCAUCCAGCGCCGCCACCAGAAGAUCAUCGAGGAGGCCCCCGUGACCAUCGCACAGCGCGACAAGUUCCGCGAGAUGGAGCAGGCGGCGGUGCGGCUGGCGCAGAUGGUCGGCUACAUCAGCGCCGGCACCGUCGAGUACCUCUACAUGCCCGAAGAGGAUAAAUUCUACUUCCUGGAGCUGAACCCGCGUCUGCAAGUGGAGCAUCCCUGCACGGAGAUGGUGGCGGACGUCAAUCUCCCCGCGGCGCAGCUGCAGGUGGCCAUGGGCAUCCAGCUGCACCGCAUCAAGGACAUCCGGCUGUUGUACGGCGAGAAGCCCUGGACCAGCAGUCCCAUCGACUUCAUGGAUUUAAACACCCAGCCGGAGCCCAAGGGCCACGUGAUCGCCUGCCGCAUCACCAGCGAGAACCCCGACGAGGGCUUCAAGCCCAGCGCCGGCACCGUGCAGGAACUCAACUUCCGCAGCACCAAGAACGUCUGGGGCUACUUCAGCGUCGCCGCCUCCGGGGGGCUGCACGAGUUUGCCGACUCGCAGUUCGGGCAUUGCUUUGCCUGGGGCGAAGACCGCGAGGAUGCGCGUGAGAACAUGGUGGUGGCGCUGAAGGAUUUGUCGAUUCGCGGGGAUUUCCGCACGACGGUGGAGUAUCUGGUGGUGCUGCUGGAGACGGACACCUUCAAGAACAACGACGUGGACACCGGCUGGCUGGACCGGCUCAUCGCCGAGCGCGUGCAGUCCGAGAAGCCCGAAACCAUGCUGGGCGUCAUCUGUGCGUCGCUGCACAUUGCCGCCGCCAAAAUGAACAACGCUUUCCAGGUCUUCCAGAGUUCCCUGGAGCGCGGCCAGAUUCUGCCGGCCAACACCCUAACGAAUUCCGUGGACGUGGAGCUGAUCUACGAUCUCGUCAAGUACUGUGUGCAGGUCAACAAAAUGGGCGGCAGCAAGUUCCUGCUGCUGAUGAACGGCUCGGUCAAGGAAGCGGAAGUGCACCGCUUGAAAGACGGUUGUCUGUUGAUCUCGGUGGACGGCGCCAGUCACAGUACGUACAUGAAGGAGGAGGUGGACCGCUACCGGCUGGUGAUCGGGAACAAGACGUGCGUGUUCGAGAAGGAGGACGACCCGACGCUGAUGCGGGCGCCCUCGGCGGGCAAGCUGCUCAACUACCUGGUGGAGAACGGCGGCCGCGUCAUCCGCAACCAGCCCUACGCCGAGAUCGAGGUCAUGAAGAUGGUCAUGACGCUGACGGCCUCCCUCAGCGGCGUCCUCGAGCAGGUCAAGCGCCCCGGCGCCGUGCUGGAGGCCGGCUCCGUCAUCGGGCGGUUGGCGCUGGACGAUCCCAGUCGCGUCCAGGAAUUGCGGUUACACAGCGAUCCCUUCCCCGCCAACCAGGACGCCCCGUCCCCGCAGGGCGAUAAGCUGAACCACGUGGUGGAGAAGUGCCGGUCGGUGGUGGAGCAGGUGCUGGCGGGGUACGCGGCGCCCGAGCCGCACUUCUCGCGCGACCUGCACGAGACGAUCGAGACGCUGAUGCGGAGUCUGCGCGACCCGCACCUGCCGCUGCUGGAGCUGCACGAGGUCAUCAGCUCCGUGUCGGGCCGGCUGCCGGUGACGGUGGACCGGGCGAUUAAACAGCAGCUGCAGCAGUACGCCAACAACAUCACCUCCGUCCUCUGCCAGUUCCCCAGCCAGCCCAUCGCCAACAUCAUCGACUCCUACGCCGCCACGCUGCAGAAGCGCACCGAUCGCGAUGUCUUCUUCCUCAACACCCAAGCGAUCAUCCAGCUGGUGCAGCGGUACCGCAACGGUAUCCGCGGCCACCUGAAGUCGGUGAUCCAGGAGACGCUGAAGAAGUACCUGAACGUGGAGCUCAUGUUCCAGCUGGGCCACUACGACAAGUGCGUGUCCAAGCUGAUGGAGAAGUACCGCAACGACAUGGCCGAGGUGGUCGCCGCCAUCUUCUCCCACAGCCAGGUGGCCAAGAAGAACCAGCUGAUCAUCUCCCUCAUCGACCACCUCAUCAGCCACGAGCCGGGCCUCGCUGAUGAACUCUCGCCCAUCUUGAACGAACUGACCACGCUCAGCCGCUCCGAGAACGGCAAGGUCGCGCUCAAAGCCCGGCAAGUGUUGAUCUCGGCGCACCAGCCGAGCUACGAGCUGCGCCGCAACCAAGUGGAGUCCAUCUUCUUGUCGGCCAUCGACAUGUACGGGCGCAACUUCCACCCGGAAUAUCUCCAGAAGUUGAUCGACUCGGAGACGUCCAUCUUCGACGUGCUGCACGACUUCUUCUACCACAUCAACCCCAUCGUGCGCCAGGCCUCCUACGAGGUCUACAUCCGGCGCGCCUACAUCGCCUACGGGUUGUACUGUCUCCAGCACUGCGUCAUCGGGCAGGACAAGCGCGUCCUACAAUUCCAGUUCAUGCUGCCCAGCUCCCACCCCAACCGCUUGUUAAUCCAGGCCCGGGCGUCGCCCCCGCGGCCAUUGGACGCCAAGGACAAGGGAGGGUCGUUGGAGGAGAGCAGCGCGUCCGUCGACCCCACCGACAUCAACUGCUGCAAGCGUUUCGGGGUCAUGGCCGCCUUCGAGUCCUUCGAGGACUUCCGCAAGCACUUUGAGCAGCUGUUGCUGCUGUACCCGGCGUUUCCCCCCGAGGACCACGCCUUCCACCACUCGCACAGCCUCCCGCACGACGACAACUCGCGGCGCUCGAGCUUGGACACCGGGACCGCGGAGCCCUAUUCCCACGAACCCAUUCACAUACUGAACGUCGCGUUCAAGCAUAAAAGCCUGACGGACGACGACGAGUCCAUCAGCCAGAUGCUGGAGGCCUUCUGCUCCACCGCCGACGUCCGCGCCUUCAUGUGCCAGAAGGGUAUCCGGCGGGUGACCUUUCUGGUGCUCCGACUGCAGCAGUAUCCCAAGUACUUCUCGUACCGCGCCCGCGAUGUCUUCGCCGAGGACAAAAUCUACCGGCAUCUGGAGCCGGCGCUGGCCUUCCAGCUGGAGAUCAACCGGCUCCGGACGUACGAUCUGGAGGCCAUUCCCACGCCGAAUAACAAGAUUUAUUUGUAUCUGGGAUCGGCGAAGAGUGACCGGGGACAGAACAACGCCAAUGACUACCGGUUUUUCGUCCGUUCGAUUAUCCGCCACUCGGAUCUGGUGACGAAGGAGGCCUCGGCGGAGUUCCUGCAGACGGAGGGGGAGCGGGUACUGCUGGAGGCUAUGGAUGCGUUGGAGGUGGGAUUUUCGCAUCCCCUGGCGCAGAAGACGGACUGCAAUCAUAUCUUCCUGAAUUUCGUCCCCACCGUCAUCAUGGACCCCAAUAAGAUCGAGGAGAGCGCGCGCGGGAUGAUUAUGCGCUACGGCAGCCGUUUGUGGAAGCUGCGCGUGUUGGAGGCGGAAUUGAAGAUCAACAUCCGGCUGUCGGCCAACGACGACUCCAUCCCGAUCCGGCUGUCGGUGGCCAACGAAAGCGGCUAUUACCUAGAUCUGCAUUUGUACAAAGAAGUCCGCGACCCGCGGACGACGUUGAUGAAGUUUGAGUCGUGGGGCAUGCGGCAGGGCUUCCUGCACAGCCGCUCGACGGACACGCCGUACAUGACCAAGAACUACCUGCAGCAGAAGCGCUUCACGGCGCAGAGCAUCGGCACGACCUACGUCUACGACUUCCCCGAGAUGUUCCGACAGGCGCUGAUGAAGCAGUGGCGGGAGUGCGGGGAGGCGCGCGGCCUGCCGGUCCCGGCGCAGCUGAUGGACUACACGGAGCUGGUGCUGGACGCGCACGAGACGCUGUUCGAGACGAACCGCCUCCCGGGCGAGAACAACGUCGGCAUGGUGGCCUGGCGCAUGACGCUCAACACGCCCGAGUACCCCGACGGCCGCGAGCUCAUCGUCAUCGCCAACGACAUCACCUACAAGAUCGGCUCCUUCGGCCCCAAGGAGGACGUCCUCUUUCUGAAAGCCUCGGAAUUGGCGCGCAGUAAGAAGAUCCCGCGCCUGUACUUGGCGGUGAAUUCGGGCGCGCGCAUCGGUCUGGCGGAGGAGGUCAAACAGCUGAUCCACAUCGCCUGGCUGGACCCCAACGAUCCCGAUAAAGGUUUCGCGUAUCUAUACCUGACGCCGGAGGACUACAAGAAGGUGAGCGCCAGCAACUCGGUGCGGGCGGAGCUGGUGGAGACGGAAGCGUUGGGGCCGCACUACCGCCUGCUGGACAUCUACGGCAAGGAGAACGGGCUGGGCGUGGAGAACCUGCGCGGCUCGGCGGCCAUCGCCGGCGAGACGUCGCGCGCCUACGAGGAGAUCGUGACGAUGAGCCUGGUCUCCUGCCGCUCCAUCGGCAUCGGCGCCUACCUCGUCCGCCUCGGGCAACGGGUCAUCCAGGUGGACAGCUCGCACAUCAUCCUGACGGGGGCGCACGCGCUGAAUAAGUUGCUGGGGAAGGAGGUGUACGCGUCCAACAACCAGCUGGGCGGCCCGCAGAUCAUGUUCAACAACGGCGUCUCCCACCUCACCGUCCCGAACGAUUUCGAGGGGAUCUACAAUCUCCUGGCCUGGCUGUCCUACAUUCCCAAGGAGCGCGGCGCCAUGGUGCCCAUCGUGCACUCGCCGGACCCGGUGGACCGCGAGGUGGACUACGUGCCGUGCAAGGCGCCCUACGACCCGCGCUGGUUCCUCAGCGGGAAGCGCGACGAGAGCGACUACGAGAAGUGGCUGAACGGGUUCUUCGACAAGGGCUCCUUCCGCGAGAUCAUGGGCCCCUGGGCGCAGACCGUCGUCUGCGGGCGGGCGCGCCUCGGCGGCAUCCCCGUCGGCGUCAUCGCCGUCGAGACGCGCACCGUCGAGGUCAACAUCCCCGCCGACCCCGCCAACUUCGACUCCGAGGCCAAGAGCAUCCAGCAAGCCGGGCAGGUGUGGUACCCCGACUCGGCGUACAAGACGGCGCAGGCCAUCCAGGACUUCAGCCACGAGGACCUCCCCUUGUUCAUCUUCGCCAACUGGCGCGGCUUCUCGGGCGGCAUGAAGGACAUGUUCGAUCAAGUCCUCAAGUUCGGCGCCUACAUCGUGGACGGCCUGACCAAGUACCGCGCGCCCGUCCUAGUCUACGUGCCGCCCUUCGCCGAGCUGCGCGGCGGCGCCUGGGUCGUGGUGGACCCCUCCAUCAACGCCGACGCCAUGGAGAUGUACGCCGACCCCGACAGCCGCGGCGGCGUCCUCGAGCCCGAGGGCACCGUCGAGAUCCGCUUCAGGAAGAAGGAGCAGCUCAGCAUCAUGGAGCGGAUCGAUCCGGUGUGCGUGCAGCUGCUGGAGGAGAUGCACCGCACGGAGCAGGCCAAGGUGGAGCGCGACCGGCUGGAUAAGAAGCUGAAGGAGCGCCAGGCGCGGUUGCUGCCGGCCUACCACCAGAUGGCGCUGCGCUUCGCGGAUCUGCAUGACCGGCCGGGGCGGAUGCUGGAGAAGGGGGUCAUCAUGGAUGUCGUGCCGUGGCGGACGUCGCGCAGUUUCUUCCACUGGCGGCUGUACCGGCUGCUGCUGGAGAAUCAGUUCCGCGAUCGCGCCGUGGCGGUUAAUCCGCAGCUGACCAUCGGCCAGUGCCGGUCGAUGUUGCGGCGGUGGUUCGUGGAGUCGGUGGGCGUGCCGUUGAGCGCGGAGUGGGAGAACAACCGCACGGUGGCGGAGUGGUACCUGCAGCAGGCGCGCGACCCGGCCUCGCUGGUCAACGAGAACCUGCGCACCAUCCAGCGCGACCUGGCCGUCCACCGCAUCCAGACGCUGCUGGACGCCAGUCCGCAGGUGGCCUUCACCUCCGCGCAGCACGUGGCCGCGCGCCUCACCGCCGAGCAGAAGCUCGAGCUCCUCCGCAUCCUCAGCACGCAGCCGGACGACGAGUGAAUGGAUUUGUCGCUUGAACGAAGAGUUGGGCGUGUUUUGAUCGGGGGAAGAUGAUGACACUGUGUUGCAGCUGCCUGGUGAUGUCGCAGAGCCUUCUAUUCAUUUACUCAUCUUUACUGUUGCAAGCUUGUGGCUAAUAUAUGUGCAGUUAAAUUGGAUUAAUCAGGGAAAAAUACAGAUUAAUGCCAAUUACUAACGGUAGUCAAUUUGUAAAUUGGUUUCCUAAGGGAAAAUCCAAAUUAACUGGACCCCCGAUCAGCCGGGAAAAUUUAAUCAAAUUAUACCAAAUUACUCGUAAUCAGGAAAAUAUUAAAAUC